AUGGGCAACUCCUGUGUUACUGGCGCCUGCAGCCAGGGUUCCAAUGGGUCGGGGACAACCUUCAAAUGGAGGAUCGAUGGUUUCUCCGCGCUUCUAGAUAAGGAUGAAGGAUGGACCAACUCCAGUGUGUUUGUGAUCAAGGGGCUUAACUGGUACCUGAAGCUGAACCCAAGGGACAGAAAGAGUGGCGACCAGAAUGAAUAUGUUACUCUUAAUCUUGUCCUGACUAAAGUAUCUGAGAAAUCCCAUACGGUCGCGGAGACAACUUUCAAGUUCCUGAUAUAUGACCAGUUACAUGGGAAGCACCAUGAAGAGCAUCAAGUGAGCCACAGUUUUCAGGCUACAAGCAGAUUCUCUGGGACCUCAUGCAUGAUCCCCCUCGCGACGCUUAAGGAGCAGCCCUCUGGAUUCCUCGUCAAUGACAGCUGUGUUUUCGGUGUCCAGUUCAUCAAAGUUGUCGCUGUUAAAGGUAAACAUGUUUUGGAGACGCUGUUUGUUCAGAAGACUAGCAACAUCAGCAAUGGCCCACAAGCCUACACCUGGAACAUUGAUGAUUUCUUUGUGUUGAAGAACCCGAGCACCUCUCCAGAGUUUCAGCUCUGUGGACACAAAUGGUUCAUCACCAUCUAUCCAUCUGGUUCCGAUUCGAAUGGGAACUACAUCUCCCUGCAUCUGAGCAUGAAGGACACACUCCAUAAGGAUUCGGGGAUCCUGGCAGAGGUUAGCAUAAGCAUCAAAGACCAGGAAACUGGCAAGCACAUGAAAACAUCAGACGAGGAUAGCUUCAAUCCGAGGUGGAUGAGCGGGGCCACUUUCUUCACCGAGGGCCUGGCCAUGAUGCGCCCCCACCACGCCAUGACGCUCGCGCGCGACUCCAGCAGCGUCGCGUACUCGGUGCCGGCCACCAGGCAGUAG